AAGCAAAUUGUGCAGGUUUCUCCUCCCAUUGGCGACCUCGCACGAUGGCAAUGUUGAGCAGAGUAGGGUUGAUCAUGAUCAUGUGACAGACAGGCAGCUUUGGGAGAGUACAGCUCUGAACACAGAAACAUCAGGCGCAACUAAAGGAGUUUCCACACCGCGAGAGCCUACAAGUGAACAUUGCCCCGUUUUAAAACCGUUAUUCAAGCGCUCUGAACGACAUCGACGGUCAGUGGAAAGUUCUGGGGAAGAAGCUGUUUUAACAACCUGGAUAAAGAAAGGUUUGGUGGCGAUAAAAAUAUUCUCUGUUGGAGAGGAGAGACGCACAAAUCUCAGCGGGCAUGCGGGAGUUUUUGGAGUUAUUUGACUGCAAACACUCUACAAACAAAUAAGAACUUUCGCGCAGAUUCGGGGGCUGUUGUGUUUUCCCGAAGUUUUACGUAUUUUGAGGUUUUUGGGGUAUAUUUUAAACAUGGUUGGAGAAAUGGAAACGAAGGAGAAGCCGAAGCCGACUCCUGAUUAUCUGAUGCAGCUCAUGAACGACAAGAAACUGAUGAGCAGUCUGCCAAACUUCUGUGGUAUUUUCAACCAUCUCGAGCGAUUGUUAGAUGAAGAAAUUGGACGGGUACGGAAGGACAUGUACAAUGACACUCUGAACGGCAGCACAGAUAAAAGGACUUCCGAGCUCCCGGAUGCUGUGGGGCCCAUUGCACAACUCCAAGAGAAACUCUUUGUGCCUGUCAAAGAAUACCCAGAUUUCAAUUUUGUGGGAAGAAUCCUGGGGCCCCGGGGCCUGACAGCCAAGCAACUGGAGGCAGAGACAGGCUGCAAGAUCAUGGUGCGAGGCAAAGGCUCCAUGAGAGACAAGAAGAAGGAAGAGCAAAACAGAGGAAAGCCCAACUGGGAACACCUGAACGAAGACCUGCAUGUCCUCAUCACUGUGGAAGACUCUCAGAACCGUGCUGAGAUCAAACUCAAGAGAGCCGUCGAGGAGGUCAAGAAACUGCUAAUCCCUGCGGCCGAAGGUGAAGACAGCUUGAAAAAGAUGCAGCUGAUGGAGCUGGCCAUUCUCAACGGCACUUACAGAGACGCCAAUGUCAAGUCACCCUUAGCCUUCUCCUUCGCCACCACAGCACAAGCUCCCCGCAUUAUCACCGGCCCCUCCCAGGUGAUGCCUCCUACGGCACUGCGUACCCCUGCAUCCGCCGCACCCACCCUCAUGCCACUCAUCCGACAGAUCCAGACCUCUGCCUUCAUGCCCACAGGCACACCCCACCACGCCGCGACCCUCUUACCCCAGACCCCCGAGUCAGGCAUCAUCUAUGCACCCUACGAUUACCCCUACACCCUCGCCCCAACCUCCAUUCUUGAAUAUCCUAUUGACUCAAGUGGUGUUUUAGGUGCAGUGACUACUAAAAUACGAAGGCAGGAUAUGCGCGUCCAUCCUUACCAAAGGGUAGUGACCGCAGAACGAGCAACUAACCAAUGACCCUCUGAACUCUUCACCCAAUGAUGACCUGACCAUUGCCUGCCUGCUGACCAGUUCUCUGGCUCUCGUCCUUCGCUUCUAUGUUUUGGCGGCCUGCUGGUGAGCCCAGAAGCAGCUUUAAUUCGCUUAACACUGCCGAGAAGCCGUGAUGGCCCCACGCCACCACCUGCAGAACAGAAUCGCUCCCCUUCUCAAACUGAGGACCUCCUUGGUCAGGUGACCUGGGCUUCCCAGCCUGCACUGAAGUGUCAUAAAGCAAUAACACUGUCGGGGCGACACCUAAAAUCCUACUUUUAGCCUUUCACAUGCACACACUAAAUAAACACAAUUCUUUAUUGGUUUCUAAAAAUUAAGCAUAAUGUUCUAUAUAACUCUCCAAGUUUGUGCACUGCAGUUCUCGUACCAACCUGAAGAGUUUGAAAAAAAAAAACAGCAGUUUAUUUUAAAACUGAUUUAUAGGUCCAAAUAUCCAUAAGGGAUGUAAAAGCAAUGCUUGCCUACCAGCGUUUUCUUCAGAGAGCUGUCGAAAAGCAUCCAGACACAUGAGCAAGUGUACAAACACUGAUCGUCAAUUAAUACCUUUUUUGAUAUGAGGGUGCUGCACAGGAAAUGAAUAUAUAUUUUUCAAAGGUGAUCCUUUUUGUAUUAAAAAACAAAGCAGUAUUGUCAAAAUGUGAUGAACAAACAACGUUUAUUUCCUUAUGACAAAAUUUUAGAGACCAAAAUGGUGUCUUUUUUUUAUAAAAAAACAAACAGACAAGUGCCUUAUUUUACACAAUAUCAUCAAUUAUGAACAAGUAUGAAUGUCCAUCUAUGUGUUAUAUGCCAACAUAUCAGGUAUUUCUGUUCAAUUCCUCUUUAUUAAUGAAAACAAGAGGUGCACAGAACAAUGUUGCAGGCAUUACACUCAAAAACGACAUUUUAUAAUUUUUCCUUACAAAUAAUAAUUUUUACCCUGUCACACUACAUUAGUUACUUCUUGAGCCAUUUAUGCUCACAAUCCGUUUGUAUUUGAUAAUGUAUGUGUACGAGCUCCCUAAUAUGUUUAUAGAUCCAUCACUACAUCUGUUACACAGCAAUGAAGCCCCAUCAAUAUAAAACUUACUGGUCACUAUUCCCAUAUUUUUCACUCCGCUUAUAUCUCAAGGAGCAUUUAUUCAUUUCAUCAGGAUGAAUAGUAUAAAGGUUCGGGGUUAAUAAGUACAGAACUCAUUUUAUUCCUUUUGAGGAACUGAAGUGUGCUAGAGGAGCAUGUUUGUAUGCAGACAUGUCACAUUUAUUCAUACCUUGCUAUGCAAAUGAUUUUCAGUUUUAUUAAAAUGACUGAAUAAAUUUCCUUCAGUUGGUCUUCCAGUUAAAAUGUCAGAGUAUUUCAGUGCUGAAGAACAACAAAACUAAAAGCGUAUUAACAAAUUAUAAGUACAUUUUGUUAUUUGGUUACCAUAACUGGAUUUUGAGAAGAUACAUCUCCUUUUCUAAUAACAUUGGUUGUAUUUAUGCAGAGCACAUGCAAUACUUUUUAGACGUUUGAGGUUGUGAUGCAGUUGCAUGUAAUUUUAUUUUUUAUUAUUAACCUGGAAAUUGCUAAAGGAAAAAUCCUGCAAAUACAUUUAAUGAAUGGAAAUUGUUUUUACACGGAUCUCUCACCCUGUCAGAUCUUGGAACUGGAGUUGUUUGUUAAUGUGUGUUUGGGGUUUUUUUUUGGUUUAGUGUUUGCUUUCCAUGCAGUAUUACUAUAGACUGUGUCAAUAUGUGUGUGAGCGUGUGUUUUAUGGGUGAUUGUGUGAGUGAGUGUUUAUGUAUUGUAUAUGCCAAUGAACUGCAACUCUCCAUUUAAGCUUAUUUUUAUUGUCAAUGUUUUUUUGUUUUUUUUUUGCAAACCCAAGCAGCUUCCUGCAUUGGAAAAUAUACAGUCCUAUUUAUAACCAUUGUAACAUUUUAUAAUGUAUUUUUCUAUCAUAUUUUGUAUGUGAGAAAUAACAUUAAAUCACAUUUCCAGAUAUGAACAGUAUGCCUUAUUACAAAAAAUUUAUAUGAGAGACAUAUUUUUCUCAUGAUUAAAUAAUUGCAUAGGUGAUGGAAAAUGGAAAAACUUAUUUGAUUAACAAUAUCAUUUGGUUCAAGACUCACUCUGAGCAAGUUUUAAAGUGGGUAUUAUUUGCUGGGGUGUUUAGUUCAUCAUUGUUGCUUUGCCUCUGUGCCUUCUUAUGUAAAUUGUAAGCUAUUAACCAUUUCUAGUUAUAUAAUUGAUUAAUUGUUUCUUGCCGAUUGUACUAACAUUUGAUGAUUUCUAUUCAUUAACCCCAUCAAUAAUUUCUUUUGUCUGCUUUGAAUCUAUAGAACAGGAUUUGUGUGAAAUUAAGCAAAAGAGUGUUUUACUGACUGAAAUAUGCUGGACUAAACUGUACUGAGAAGCAAUAGCGAAAUAUUAAAAUCAUAGUUUAAAAAAAAAAAGAAACUAA